AUGUUUUUAUAUUCUGAAAGAAACACAAUACAGAAGAUAAAAUCUCUUAAAAAUAUAAUAAUUGACGGUCGGCCAAAACAGGCGUGCAGUUUGAAUUCAAAGGAAAAUUGUCUUAAUUUAUUUUUCUGCCAUUUACGCAUUUUGUCUUCUCAGAUGUUUCUGAAGAUGGGCGAUGAAGAUCUAGCACAAGAUAUGCUUCAGGUUCUGCGUGAACUCCCGGCGAGCAUAGCUGUGACGCAAUCGGACGUAGACGAGGAUCUGGAGGAACCCAGCUCCUCUGAGAAUGAGCAAGACUAA